UCGUGCAGCCCGGUUACGCACAAUAUAAAAACAGAGGCGGCCCCACUAAAUCUCUCCCUAACAAAAAUCUGGCGUACCCUCAGAAUACCUAUACCUUUUCAAUGUACCCAAAAGAAGACUACGCGCCGCCACCGGCUUCAUAUAACCUCCACCCUGUGUCGUACCUCUACCCUUCAAUGAACGAAAACACAUACCCAGGCACCCUUCCGCCUAACCCGCAAUACUCCAGAGACGCGAACCCGCAGUAUGCCAGGCACGACUCGACCAACUCACAGUUUUCCCAGGAUGACAACAGCCCGAUAAACCUGCUUGGGGCGUCACCAAAGCUGUCGGCCAGCUCUAACUCGUCCGUGAGCUCUCCGAAGCAGAGCGGCUACUACAAAGAGGGGUACCCAGAGUACUACUCUCAGAUGCCUGUGCAGGCACAGGCACCACCUCCUCCUACACAGGCGCAGGUGAUCUCGGGUAAAACCAAGCGCAAGCGGAAGGUUAAGGUUUACGAUAACGACCCAAUCGGGCCGUACUUCUGCCAGUGGGAGCAGUGUCCGGACGGCCAACAGCUGUUCUACCGCGCCUCCGACCUCUACAACCAUCUCUGUGCAUGUCACAUCGGGCGCAAGUCGCACCAGAACCUUCUGCUCCGCUGUCACUGGGCAAAGUGUGAAGUGACCACGUCAAAGCGCGACCACAUCACGUCGCACUUGCGUGUGCACGUAGACUGGAAGCCGUGGCUGUGCAAUGUAUGCGGCAAGGGGUUCAAGCGCCCGCAGGAUUUGAAGAAGCACGUAAAGAUCCACGCAGACGACUUGAUCGAACACCCGCAGAGCUACGAGCCGCAGAGCUACGAGCAAGCGCAGGCGCAGCACGCGGCACACUUGCAGCAGACCAACGCGCAAUACUCGCAACCACCGCACUCGUAUCACCCCCACGCUGACUCGAGGAAGAGAUCCAUCUCGGCCAUUUCCGAUUUCUACAACGACUUGAAGAAGUCCAAGGUCGAGCCAACCUACAACUACGGCAUUGGUACCAAGCUCAACUCGUUCGACGAGAGCUACCAGGCUUUGCCACCGAUCCAGCAGGCACAGCAGCCAAAGCACCAGGAGUUGUUGGAAGCAGACUUGUUCUUCCAACAGUUGAACCACUCGUUGGGGUCUUACCCGCAGAACGCGAGUGACCACUACCAGCAUGGUUCCCAGCCGUUGCCGCAAUUGAGAUUCAACCAGAACCAAAACCAGUUGUAUCCGUCCAUGAACGAGUCCCAUUACGGUGGCAACUAUGGAUUGCCCCAGGUGAACCGUUUCGAGGGUGCGGACCCAGCUCGGAAGUUUAACGUUGGGGUCUACCAGAAAUCGGCCAAGUCUGCCGAUGUAGAGGACUUGACCGAAAAGUUGGCCAGUGUUAAAAUUGACGAGACAACGGAGAAGUCGAAGUUGGACGUUGAAAGGCACAGAGAAGUGAUCAGACUGAUCAGGGCCGUGAUUCGCGAGGCGUUGAAGGAAUACGAGCAGAAGGUGGAAAUGGAAAAGAAGCCGUUGUAUCCUUCACUUGUUUGUUAGGCUGUUUAGUUUUUUGUUCUGGGU